GGCCGUGCAUUCAAUUUCCGAAUGAAAACCUAAAUUCAAUUAACAUACCUAUAUUUCUAUCUAAAUUCAUCGAAAAUAAUAAAGUUGAGGCUUUGAUAAGGAAUUUACCGAUGUAGCCUUGAAGGCUUUAAAACUCCCUCUCGUUGCCACUUCCUCUUUCCCACCUAUCUUCUUCUCCUUGUUGACUCUUCGAAGUCGUAUUUGGAUGCCGCAAAUGAAAGACUUCGAAGCCCUCGUUUGCGGCGGCGGCGGCGGCGACACCAAGGUGGCCUGCGAAACCCAGAUCGAAGCACCGCCGCUGCCCCCGCCGGACGACCACGACCCCCCGCCGGAGUCGAUGGUGGCGAGGGUCGGCAGCGGCCGGGACCUGUUCUGGGGCGAGGUGGGCGGCGGCGCCGUUUACGAGCGCGACGACUCGACCAAAGGGAACACAAACCCCAAGGCGCAGGCGCAGCAGCAGCAGCAGCACGCCAAACCCAACUACAAGCCCCGAUCCAGCUCGCAGCGCUUAUCCGGUGGCCUCCAGUCCAAGCCCCCCAUCAUCGGCAUCCCCGGCAAGAUCCAGCACCACUCCGGCUACCUCGGCCGUAGCGUCCGUCGCCCCGCCAACGGCCGCAUCUUCCCCAAGAAGCUCGCUCGCCCCGGAGGCGACGGUGGCGGACGGCGCAAGUCCGCUGUGCCCGACGAAGACCCGGGGUCGCCCAAGGUGUCUUGCAUCGGGAAGGUCCUGUCCGAAAGGGAGCGGGACCGGUGCCGGAGGCAGCGCCGUCUAUCGCCGAGUGAGGAGGAGGAGAAGGUUGGGAGGGUGGAGUCCUCUGGGUGCUGGGCGAGCCUCUCGGCGGUGAUCUGCUGCGGCGACGGGGAGCGGCAGGCCGGAAGCGUUACGAGGCAGACCACGAAGGGGGAUUCACCGGCGAAGACAGCGGCGGAGAGGAGGACCACAGGGGAGCCGGCGAAGGAGCCGCCGGGGCUUGCGGCGAUGAAGCGGUUCGCGUCAGUGCGGCGGCCGGAGUCAUGGGGGGUGGAUCUGAGGCCGUUGGAUCGGGAGGCGGCUGAGUGCGGAAGGCGACGGUCGGUUGGAUCGCUGGAGGACGCGCAGCUGGAGUGGCUGGCCGACGGGUCCGCCUCCGUGUGACUUUAGAAUUGUUAGUGCAGAAAAUAUUCUGCUUUUGUUUCCUCCACACGCACGUAAUGCUGUUUUUGUUUCUGUUUUCCGGAGUAUUUUUUGUUUGCUUCUUCUAGUCCCCUAUUAUUGGCGGAAUUAGUGAGAGAUUGUACACUAGUAUAAUAGUAGUACAACUGUGUGUGAGAUUGUAAAUGAGCAUAAUGAUAAUAAUAUAAUUGUGUGUGUCUUCUUGUGCA